UGAAGAGCUUCGCGGAAGCCACAGAAGGGGAGGCGGCUGCUGUGGCUGUGGCGGCGGCGGCGGCGGCGCAGUGAUGAUGAUGAGCACCUUAACACUAUAUGUUGCACCACACUGAAAGUUCAGUACUGAUAGUUGCGUGUGGUUUGUCCUUCUCAAAAAGGGCCAUGACUUAAGGAAGAUGAUGCCAUCCAUGACUUGUUACUACCUACAACUUCAUUACAAGUUCCCUUAUAGCAUGUCUCGAUCACGACAACCCCCACUUGUAACAGGCAUCUCUCCAAAUGAAGGUAUCUCAUGGACAAAGGUUACAAUCAGAGGAGAAAACUUAGGAACUGGGCCAACUGAUCUCAUAGGUUUGACAAUUUGUGGACAUAAUUGCCUCCUGACUGCAGAAUGGAUGUCUGCCAGUAAAAUAGUAUGUCGAGUGGGACAAGCCAAAAAUGACAAGGGUGACAUCAUUGUCACAACAAAAUCGGGAGGUAAAGGAACCUCUACGGUAUCUUUCAAGCUUCUCAAGCCAGAAAAGAUUGGUAUCUUGGAUCAGUCUGCUGUCUGGGUUGAUGAAAUGAAUUAUUAUGAUAUGCGCACUGACAGGAAUAAAGGAAUUCCUCCCUUGUCCUUACGUCCUGCUAAUCCCCUUGGCAUUGAGAUUGAAAAAAGCAAAUUUCCCCAGAAAGACUUGGAAACACUGUUCCAUGGAAUGAGUGCUGACUUUACUAGUGAGAACUUCUCAGCUGCCUGGUAUUUGAUAGAGAACCACUCAACUACCAGCUUUGAGCAGCUCAAAAUGGCAGUCAGCAACCUGAAGAAACAAGCGAACAAGAAAAAUGAAGGGAGUCUAGCAUAUGUGAAAGGAGGGCUUAGCACUUUUUUUGAGGCACAAGAUGCCCUCUCAGCUAUCCAUCAAAAACUGGAAGCGGAUGGAACAGAAAAAGUAGAAGGAUCUAUGACGCAAAAACUGGAGAAUGUUCUGAACAGAGCCAGUAACACUGCUGAUACAUUGUUUCAAGAAGUCUUAGGCCGAAAGGACAAAGCAGAUUCCACCAGAAAUGCGCUAAAUGUUCUUCAGCGUUUUAAGUUUCUCUUCAACCUUCCUCUAAAUAUUGAAAGGAAUAUUCAAAAGGGUGAUUAUGAUGUAGUCAUUAAUGACUAUGAAAAAGCCAAGUCGCUCUUCGGGAAAACGGAGGUGCAAGUUUUCAAGAAAUAUUAUGCUGAAGUAGAAACACGGAUUGAAGACUUAAGAGAACUGCUGCUGGACAAAUUGCUUGAAACUCCAUCUACCCUACAUGAUCAGAAACGUUAUAUAAGAUACCUUUCUGACCUCCAUGCUGAUGGAGAUCCUUCUUGGCAGUGUAUUGGAGCACAACAUAAGUGGAUCCUUCAGCUUAUGCAUAGUUGCAAAGAGAACUAUGUAAAAGACUUAAAAGGCAAUACGGCAUUACAUAGUCCAAUGUUGGAGCUGGAUAAUGAUAUGCGCCCUUCUGCAUUGGCGCAUCUUAGUCAGACAGCUUCACUAAAAAGGGCCAGCAGUUUUCAGUCUGGUCGAGAUGAUACAUGGCGUUAUAAAGCUCCCCACCGGGUGGCCUUUGUUGAAAAGUUGACCAAACUUGUUUUAAGUCAACUCCCUAAUUUCUGGAAGCUCUGGAUUUCCUAUGUCAAUGGAAGCCUUUUCAGUGAGACUGCUGAGAAAUCAGGACAAAUGGAAAGAUCAAAAAAUGCAAGGCAAAGGCAGCAUGACUUCAAGAAAAUGAUUCAGGAAGUGAUGUACUCAUUAGUUAAACUGAUCCGUGGAUCAUUACUUCCAUUCAGCCUCAAGGAAGGAGAGCUAAGACAGUAUGGUGGCUGGGAGAUGAAGUCUGAACUAUCUGGUCAGUGGCUGACUCAUGUCAUCCAGACUGUAAGGCUUACUUAUGAAUCCUUGACUGCCCUUGAAAUACCUAACGAUUUGUUACAAAACAUCCAGGAUCUUAUUCUGGAUCUACGAGUACGUUGUAUAAUGAUCACCUUGCAACACACUGCUGAAGAUGUAAAAAGACUGGCUGAAAAGGAAGACUGGAUUGUUGAUAAUGAAGGCCUAACAUCUUUACCAUCUCAAUUUGAACAAUGCAUUGUACAUUCCUUGCAAUCACUCAGAGGGGUUCUGGAAUGUAAACCUGGGGAAGCCAGUGUUUUUCAGCAGCCCAAAACACAGGAAGAGGUAUGCCAGCUAAGCAUCAGUAUCAUGCAGGUUUUUAUAUGUUGUCUGGAACAAUUGAGUACCAAGCCUGAUGGAGACAUAGAUACUACACACCUUUCAGUUGAUGUUUCCUCUCCUGAUUUAUUUGGAAGUAUCCAUGAAGACUUCAGUUUGUCUUCAGAACAGCGGCUUUUGAUAGUGCUAAGUAAUUGCUGUUACCUAGAACGUCACACUUUCUUAAAUAUAGCUGAACAUUUUGAAAAACACAACUUUCAAGGAAUAGAAAAAAUAACGCAGGUUAGCAUGGCUUCAUUGAAAGAGUUAGACCAAAGGCUAUUUGAAAAUUACAUUGAGUUGAAAGCAGAUCCUAUUGUUGGCUCCUUAGAACCUGGAAUUUAUGCAGGCUAUUUUGAUUGGAAAGACUGCUUGACUCCAACAGGUGUCAGAAAUUAUUUAAAAGAAGCGUUGGUUAAUAUAAUAGCUGUGCAUGCAGAGGUGUUCACCAUUUCUAAGGAAUUAGUGCCUCGUGUGUUGUCUAAGAUAGUGGAAGCUGUUUCUGAAGAGCUAAGUCGACUGAUGCAGUGUGUUUCAUCUUUCAGCAAAAAUGGAGCUUUGCAGGCAAGGCUUGAAAUCUGUGCUCUGAGAGAUACUGUGGCCGUUUACCUAACACCUGAAAGCAAAUCUAGUUUUAAACAAGCAUUGGAAGCCCUGCCUCAACUUUCAAGUGGAGCAGAUAAAAAGUUACUGGAAGAGCUCCUGAACAAGUUUAAAAGCAGGAUGCACUUGCAGCUCACCUGUUUCCAAGCUUCUCCCUCUCCUAUGUUGAAAACAUAGAUACACAUCAAAGAACAGUCAGGUGAAGGCCAAGGGGCAAGACCCUUCUCUUUAAAGGUUGUUCAGAUACUCAGUGUUCAAGCAUUUGGAUGGUUGAGCUUUUUCCUGAUUGCAGCUUAGUGACAACCUGGCAUGUGUUAGCCUUUGAAACAAAAGGAAUCUUUUGAAAUGCCCAAGUAGUGUUUGCUUAGUCAUCUCUAUUGGUUUGGGUCCCAUCAAAAUGGUAAAAAUACCUUUUCAAAAUAGACUUUUUCUAGCCAUGUGUUGGAUAGAGAAUGUUGGAUGAAUUCUCUUUUUAGUGAGCGUACUCUUUAAAUGAAAUGAACUGUAUGUUUGCUAUAUAUUUCUCAGUGUCUCCUUUACAAAACUUUAAGUAGCAGAACUUUCAUAAGAAGAAAAGAAAUUGGGCAGGUUACAUUUAGACACUUAAAAAGAUUCAAUCGUCCUAAGCUACCCAGCUGCACUUGUAAGCUUUAUUUCAUACAGAUGGCCCUACAACAUAAUUCAAGUAUGUGUUAGCAGAGAUUGUAGGCUGCAUAAAAACUGUCACAUUUUGAAUAUAUUUCAUAUCAUUGUCUGUAGUCCAAAAUACCCAUGAAUAUAAUUAACAUUUUGUUGUCUGGUUUUUCUUUUUCACAGUACGAAAGACUAACAUCUCAUCAGUGUCACUUUCUCAUUCUGACUUUACUCCAAAAUUGAAUUAUAUGUGUGUACUUAGUUCCUGAAAACCUUAAUUAAUUAAUAGCUAAUUGAAUCUCAGUGGCCAAGUACUUGGCACCUUAUUACCUGUAGGGACUUCCUUGGUAACCUUUACUCUCUCUCUUCAGUGUUGUUUAAAAUUGCCAUCUUCCCAAGGAACACAGAAGAGCCCACAUGGCAGAGGGCAAAAACUACUGCUACUGGCUGUCUUCUACUCGUGUUCUCUGUUCCUUUUUCCUCUGCAGUUCAUUUCAUUUUUUGCCACACCAUUGAUCCCUUGCACUGUCUCAGCCUCAGUGGCCAGAUGAGUGCUGGCCUGGCACUCUGGGUUUCUGUGGAUUCAAAGCAAAUGCAUCAGUUUCAGAAUGGUAAGAGUUGUGGAUAAUCAUUUGUUCCAGUUGUCCCACAUUCUGUGCUGACUUAAGAGAUUACAGGAAAAAGGUCACAGUGACCCAGAGAAGUGACAAACUAAUUCUGAGUAAGCUCUGGCCUUUAGCCUUCCUCACUUCAUGUGAAAACUCACUUCAGAAUAUUUCAGUAAUCUUCUACUUGUAGUAAUCCCAGUAGAAACUGCAGAAAUUUUUUUUAAGUGCUAAACAUUACCCAUGUCUUUACUAGUACGAAGAGAUUUAAAGCCCAGUUGCCCAUAUGUACAUUGGUAAUUAUAUGAAACAGGUAAAUGUCAUUGUAUUUGUUCAUUUAGUAUUUGUGGGAAAACAGCUGUAAUAACUAGAAGUAAAAGUUUGAUCCUUUAGAAAUGUGGCUUAUAAGGUAUAUUAAGCAAUUAUAGGAAACAUUUUCACUUUUCUCUGUAUGUACCUACUGUGGCUAUGAAUUAAAUUACAAAAAUGCAAUCCUAGAUGUUUCUGGUAUUUUAAUAGACUGGCACAGUUCAUUGAACCUAUAAAGAAACUAUCUUCAAUAUAAAGUGCAUUUAAUUUUU